AUGAAGAAUAGUAAUAGUAUUUUUGGGUUUGGGAUCAGUCAGAAAGGUAUUCAGGUUUCCGGGGUCGGGGAUUUUCUGGGCAAGAAGCGGAAUGGCUUCCAAACGCCAGCAGCUGCAGAGCCAAUGGGAAACCAUUACAAACGCUGGUUUGCUGGUUCAGCUGGUGUCUCAUCGCUCCUAGGGGAUCCGCAGGACGCAAUUGGACUACAUCUCCCUCCGCCGAGUCAUCGCCGACUCCUUCAACAUUUUCGCUGGGGAUAA